AUCAACAUUAACCUGAGAAACAAGCCUGAGUGGUACUAUACAAAGCACCCUUUUGGCCAGAUUCCUGUCCUAGAGAACAGCAAAUGUCAGUUGAUCUACGAAUCUGUCAUCGCUUGUGAGUACCUGGAUGACGCUUACCCGGGGAGAAAGCUGUACCCAUAUGACCCUUAUGAGCGGGCUCACCAGAAGAUGUUAUUGGAGUUAUUCUAUAAGGUCCCACACUUGACCAAGGAGUGUCUGGUAGCAUUGAGAUGCGGGAGAGAAUGUGCUGAUCUGAAGCUAGCCCUGCGUCAGGAAUUCUGCAACCUUGAAGAGAUUCUUGGCUAUCAGAAUACCGUCUUCUUUGGUGGAGACUGUAUAUCCAUGAUUGAUUACCUCUUUUGGCCCUGGUUUGAGCGGCUGGAUGUAUAUGGAAUCGCCGACUGUUUGAACCACACGCCAGCACUACGGCUCUGGACAGCAGCCAUGAAGCAGGACCCCACGGUGUGCGCUCUUCUCAAGAUUAUAUAUAUAUAUAUAUAA